CCGGGCCCUGGGGGCGGGAGGGGGGCGUGCGGCGCCUUGCUGGGGUUUGAGAUCCGCUGCUUUUGUUCACUUGUCUGAAAACUGCUUUAGAAGGGCGGGUCGGCAUCGAGGGUGAGAGCAAAGAGCCGCGAAGGAGCAGAGCUCGCUUGUGGCAUCAGCUGCAACCCUCGUAGCAGAGAUUCAAGUGGGAAACAGAGGGGGAAUCCAGAGACAAACCAGCGGGGGAAUUAGGAACUGUGACGCCGUGUCCUUUCUGCUGUGCCGGAGCAAGCAAAGGAAAGAGAGGUAGAGGAAAAAAGACUGAGCCUUGAAACCAACCAUCACCCUGACGAUGUGUCAGUCAGACACCCUGCAGGGACCAGAUCUGCACACAGGGAAAUGGUGAGAUGCUAUAAAGCUUUAUCUAACCCUCCACCCUCUUGCUACAACCUCCACAAAGUUAAAAUUCAUGUCCGGAGGCUGCGUUCAGGGACCGGCGGCAGCAGCAGCUGUGCCGAGGACCAGCACUCACGUCCGGAGAGCCCAGGCCCGCCCGGCUCUGCCGGUCCUACACCAAGUAGGAGAACCCGUUUCAGGUUGCAAUUUCCCCAGCUGGCCCUGAGGCGAAGGUUGGGCCAGCUAAGCUGUAUGUCUAGGCCUGCUCUGAAACUCCGUUCUUGGCCUCUGACUAUUCUCUAUUAUCUUCUGCCUUUCGGUGCUCUUAAACCCUUGACCAGAGUGGGAUGGAGGCCUAUGAGCAGGGUGGCUCUGUACAAAUCAGUACCAACUCGACUGCUCUCACGAGCCUGGGGUCGCCUGAACCAGGUGGAGCUGCCGACCUGGCUCCGGAAGCCUGUUUACAGCCUGUACAUCUGGACAUUUGGAGUGAACAUGAAGGAGGCAGCUGUUGAGGAUCUUCAUCACUACAGAAACCUCAGCGAAUUCUUCCGCAGGAAGCUCAAACCACAAGCACGUCCAGUCUGCUGUUUGCACAACAGUGUGGUUAGUCCUUCUGAUGGAAAGAUUCUUAAUUUUGGACAGGUAAAAAACUGUGAAGUGGAACAAGUAAAAGGGGUUACUUAUUCUCUGGAAUCCUUCUUGGGACCUCGUGUCUGCAGAGAGGAACUGCAUUUUAGCCAUUCUCCAGCUCCACCUGGUAACUCUUUUCAGCAACAACUAGUCACAAAGGAGGGGAAUGAGCUCUACCAUUGUGUCAUCUACCUUGCACCAGGGGAUUAUCACUGCUUCCACUCACCCACUGACUGGAGAGUGUCACACAGACGUCAUUUUCCAGGCUCUCUGAUGUCUGUGAAUCCUGGAGUUGCUCGCUGGAUCAAGGAGCUGUUCUGCCACAAUGAACGGGUUGUCCUUACAGGGGACUGGAAAUAUGGCUUUUUCUCCUUAACAGCUGUAGGAGCAACAAACGUGGGCUCUAUCCGCAUCUAUUUUGACCAGGACUUGCACACCAACAGUCCAAGCUACUCUAAAGGAUCCUACAAUGACUUCAGCUUCGUAUCCAACAACAACAAGGAGGGAAUCCCCAUGAGGAAAGGAGAACAUCUAGGGGAAUUUAACUUAGGCUCUACAAUUGUAUUGAUUUUUGAGGCACCCAAGGACUUCAAAUUCCACCUCAAAGCUGGACAGAAAAUCCGCUUUGGAGAAGCACUGGGCUCUCUAUAGAAACUUGCUCAGCAAGGAGAUUUUCUAUUGGAAGGGACUUCUUUCACACCACUGAGUAUUUCACUUAACAAGUAUGUGUCACUCAGCAGGACCUGGGUGAGGAAAACCGAAGAUGUCAUUGCUGUGUUAAACUUGAGAUUAUUUGGUAUAUAUUUACAUGCUGCUGAAUGCAGAAAGAGAACUGAAUGACAAUGUAUCAGGUACAGCUGCCUUUAAAGAUGUUGAUCAUGGAGGUUUCUGACCCACCCUGUGCCUGUAGUCUUUUCAUAUUCACCCCUCAACGUGCCACAGGAUUACUAAGUUCUCAGAGCCUGCAAGUCCCAUGUCAGCCUUCCAAGGCUGUGCAGGUGCAGUGAAAAGGGUGAAGGGUGAGAUUAGCUGUAUUUAAAGGGACACUGACAGGUUGAGUGAGACCUUGUAACUUCAUUAUCUGUUUUUCAGACUUUGAGUAAAGGAUGUGUUUAUUUAUUUUAUUCUAAGAUACUCUGCUGAAGUUCUUAUGUAAAGGCAGCAUGUGAAUGCAGAGAAUGCCAGACAGUGAAAUUGGCUAAUAAAGCUUCACAGUCCAAACUAAGAAAAAUGUACAACAGCACCUGCUCUAUUAAUCUGUUUUCUACUGUUCUAAUACUUUUAGUUCUUUUACCUGACAUUGUCCCUUUAAGAAUGGACUUUGCACUGUAUUUUAAACCUGAAAACACUGUGUCUACAUUCCAUGCUAUGAAACUGGUCAUCUGGGAAUUUCCUUUUUUUUUUUUUUUUUAAAUAAUUAGCAAGCUGUAUCUGUUCCUAAUCCAUGGGUUUUUUUGCUAUUACUAGGCCUUAAGGAUGGUUUUACUUCACCUCUUGGAUUAAGGAUUGGAAGACAAUAGUGGAUGUUUUUCUUGUGUGAUGCAGUGAGAUGGCAGACAAAACAUAUUUUUAUUUUCUGCUGUGUAUCUUCCAUGUUGCUAUGUCACUAAAUUUUUUAAGAACUCCUCUAUUUAAAGUGCAGUUUCAGACACUUCAGGGCCAUUUUUAUUGCACAGAGUGAAAUGCCCCAUGCACUGACUGUGUAUAAAAAUACUAUGGAUGUUUGAAGCACUUCCAUCUGCCAAUCUGAGACUCCUAUGCUGGCAACAAUUCAGUCUUUUUUCAAAAUACUGAAGAAAUCCACACCAGCUCUGACCUCUGCCCUCCUACUUAGCACUAGGAAUGUGCUGGGGGCUGAAAGGUCUAUGCUGAAGCUUUUUAACAAUGUCACAGAGUUCAAAUCUUAACACUUUGCAUCUGUUGAAUGUGGCACUGUAUCGAACUGAUAGAAACUGGUGCCAAAGUGAUGAGGAAUUCUUUAAUUCCUAAGAGUUGUAAAGCAAUGUAUCAAUUAUUUUUAAAGAAUAAACUAUUUCAGGUCUAGACACUCCAACAUUUAGGACUGAUGCUGCUGUCCAGAGACUGCUGGAGUUGGUAUGCUUAUGAAACCUGCCUUUCUGCUCUCUGAAAGAUUUUUUAUUAUUUCCUUGCUUGAGCCCUGGGAAUUUUUUCUGCUACUUCAGAAAGAUGGUAGAGUUUGACCAGUUCCAGUUUCCUAAAGUGGAAUACAGUUUUCUUGUACAAAUGUCCAGUUUGUUAAAUCCUGUAAGCUUGAGUUGUCAUCAGGAAAGAAGGAAUAAGAUAAGCUGCCUCUUAAGUGAUGUAGCCCAGCCCUGACUCAGAUGAUUGUGGCUGUUUGGAUGACAAGCAGGAGAAAAUUAAUUUGGCUCUGAGAGUCAAUGUUUCCUCACUUUAUAUGGGGAGGAGUUGGAAAGCUUGAAGUGGCUCUCAGCCACCCAUCUUGUUGAACAGCUUGGCAUUAGCAGGUUUACUCCUGCAGCAGUAUGUUACCCUAUGCAGGCUAUAGAACUGUGCACUUUUCUGAAGCAAUGAGUGAGAAAAGGCAGAGGCAAACAUCAGCCCUCAGAAUUUAAAUCAGUCUAGCCCUUAGACUAAACUUCAACAUCAUCUUAAGAGUAGAAAGCAAGUCUCUUCCAGUGGAUGAGAGAAAAAACUGCAUCUUUUCCCCCCUUUCCUGCAAGGUCUAUGGCAGACACAGCCAGAGCAACUUGAAGCUUUAAUUUUUUCCUACUUGGCAUCAUCCAUAGUACCUGAAGGUUCUGUUAGCCUAGUAAUGGAGGACAGUUUAUGUGGCAUUUGCUUUAUUAACAACCUAAGGAAGGAGAGGAUUCAGCAUUCAAGUGGCUGUUUUAUUUCUGUGCAGAGCUUGCUGAUUAACAAACGUGAUUUGUUAUGCAGUGGUCAGCAAUGCACCCUGGAAGUGAAAGCAAAGUUCCUAGAGGGUACUGAUAAUGCUGUGAAUUUCUCCUACAUGGAGAAUCCAUUGAAUUCUUCAACUGUAUCAGUAGCACGGUAUUUUUGUAUGUCAAAGUGUAUGACUUACUGACAUUAACUCAUCUAACUGCAAACAUUUUGAAAUAAAGAGUCUUAUAAGUGUUG